AUGUAAAAUACAUUAUUUGACUUUAAUUAAGAUGAACAGAAUAUCAAAAAAAUUAUAGAUAAAGAUAUAAAUGGUAAGACUUAAUUAGUUUUUAAUGUUGAGAAAUAUAAUUCCCAAUUUUAAGUUUUGACUUAAGAUUGUUUAUAAUAAUGUGAAAGAACCACUUCAUAAAAAGGAGCUAAAGAGAUGAUUGAAUGUAUAAUUUAUUAUAUCACUUGAGUUAAGGCAUAAGUAAUUAGUCACGAAAAAGUAAUUGAAGCUGUUAGAUCUGCAAAUUUUGUAGAAAUUCAAAAUGUGAAUCAAAGAUUUAAAAGACUAUUUAAAGAAAUCUUGGAAUAUAUCUCUGAUCAAUUAGGUAAUGUAUAUAAAUAAGAAUAUUUGAAAUUAUGGUUGGAAUGUAAGAAUUCUAAAGCUAUCUUAUAAGAUAAGGAAUUAAGAUUAAAGAGUUCUGAAACUAUGAUAUAAAUUUAAGAAUAAGAAAUAAUUAAACUAAGAACUCAAUUUACAUCAUAAAAUACAUUUUUAUAAUUGAAUAAAAAACUAGAAGAAACUAUUAAUAAUUUAGAAAAGGAACUUAAUCAUUUAAAAGAAAGUCUACAUAAUUAACUUAAAAUUAAUAAUGAUCUUAAAUUUAAUUUUGAAGAACUAAAUAAAAAAUAUAGUAAAUUGUAAUAAUCAUUUGAAGAAGUUAAAUCAAAUUAUGAAAAGGAAAUAAACUAAUUAAAAUUAUAAGAAAUAAAUAUUAUUAAAGCAAAUAAAGAUUUGAUUGAAUUAACUAAUUAAUUAUCAAGUUAAAUAGAUAAAUAUAAGGAUUUAUAUGAAUAAUAAAAUUAAAAAAAUCUUGAUCUUAAUGAUCAAGUUAAGUAUUGGAAAUCAACUCAUUUUUAAAGAUUAGUUGAUUUAUAAUAAUCAGAAUAAAAAAUAGGAUCAUAAAAAGGUUAUCUCUUUAAAUAUAGAAGAGAAGUUCAAGAUUUAAAAAGAUUUAAACUUUAAAAUGAAGAAGUAUAAAAAGAAUUAUCAAAUGCAAGAUAGACAGUUCAUAUAUUAAAUUAAUAAACUGAAUAAUUGAGAUUAAAUUAUGAAAGUGCAAAAACAUAAAAUUUAAAAAUCUAAAUUGAAAAACCAGAUAAUAUAAAUCAAAUAUUAAUUAAGAAUUCAUAAUCUACUAAAAAAACUAAUAAUGAUUCAAUUCAUGAUUCUCCAAAAAAAGGUAAAUUUGAUUUUGGUUAUAUGAAAAAGUCUGUAUAAUAAUAGACUCCAAAAGAAGAAAUAACAUAAUUAUUAAUAAAUAAUUCAAAACUUCCUAUUCAAUUAAAAUAAAAAAAUAGAAGUGCAAGUGCUAAAAAGAACAUUUAAUUAGAAACAGAUACAUCUAAAAAUAAUAUAGUAUUAACUGAAUUUGAUUAAAUGACACCAUUUCUUGAGAAUAAUUUAUAAUAAUUUACUUUUAGUCAAGCCUAAAGAUUUCCUUAAAAUUUAAAGAAAAGAAUAAAAAGAAUAAAUACUGAAGGAUGA